CCCAAUCAAAAUCAAAUCUGCACCACACCGCAUGAACUAUAAAUGCCGAUCUUGGCAAUGGUCCAGCAUCAGUCACCUGAAGUGCCAUCACAAUGUUUCCCCAGAUCUUCGUCGUUUGCGCCCUCGCAGCCUUCGCCAGUGCAGGAAUCCUAGAACCGUCUCUAUCCACCCUCAAAUUUUCUGUUGAGGAACCGUCUUCGGUCCUUCGCCUCGUCUCUCCGGCCAUCACCAAGACCGAGUUUGUGCCCGGAUCCUACUCGUCCUCGUUCCGAACCGACGUGAUCGCGCCGCGCCUACGACUCACGGAGACGCCCGCCGUCAGUUUCUCUGUACCUGACUCGACCAUCGCCCUCGCUCGCCUCGAGAAAAUUGUGCCCGCCGUUGAAAAGGUGGAACGUCUCGUUCCCUCGAUAGCGAUCGAUUCCGCCCAUCUUCUCCGUACCAAGCUGGACUUGGUCGAGCCUUUGCCAAUUGCCCGAGGAUACGUCGGACAUGCAGGUUUAAGUAUCCCUGUCACACGUGGUGUUGCAACCGGACAUGUUUUUUAA